CGGAGCUCAUAAAGGCCGCGGGGCAGCCACAGCGUGYUCUUGUGUCUGUCGCUGUCUGCGUGUCUGUGACUGUCGCGCCGCCCUGCCCGCCCGCGGGAUGCUGGCGCUGAGCGCCGCCCGCCGCCUGCUUCGCCCGCCCGGGGACCUGCUGCCGCCGCCGGGGCUCGCCUGCAUGUGGGCUGCCGGCGCCCGCGGCUGCAGCGGGGCCGCCGCCRGCUCGCCGAACCCGGUGGUGUACUUGGACGUGGGCGCCGACAACCAGCCGCUGGGACGCGUCGUGCUGGAGCUGAAAGCUGAUGUGGUUCCAAAGACAGCAGAAAACUUUAGAGCUCUGUGUACUGGUGAAAAAGGAUUUGGGUACAAAGGAUCCACUUUUCACAGAGUGAUUCCUUCAUUUAUGUGCCAGGGUGGUGACUUUACAAACCAUAAUGGAACCGGUGGAAAAUCCAUUUAUGGCAGUAGAUUUCCAGAUGAAAAUUUCAUACUAAAGCAUGUAGGACCUGGUGUUCUUUCAAUGGCCAAUGCAGGACCCAAUACAAACGGAUCCCAGUUCUUCAUUUGCACUGCAAAAACUGACUGGCUAGAUGGAAAGCAUGUUGUUUUUGGGCAUGUAAAAGAAGGAAUGGAUGUCGUGAAAAAAAUCGAGAGCUUUGGUUCCAAGAGUGGAAAGCCCUCCAAAAAAAUUGUCAUUACUGACUGUGGCCAGCUGUCCUGACCUUUUACCCUACCCUUCAUGACACCUUGGAUGCUGUGAAAAAUGAAUCAUAAAAACAACCCAAACAUUUCUUAUGCCACAAAUAGCACCUAUGCAACCAURCUGUUUAUUUAACUUGGUCCAACUUUUAUACUUACAUUGAAUAAUAUUGAUUAAACUCAUAAUAUAGKAACUGAGGCAUGUUGUAACUGCACCACCAUGGUAGUCACACUCAUUUGGUAGAGUUCCUCUUAUGUUCUGCAAGAAAUGCUAAGAUCACCCUGGGUGUAUCUGACUGCGGUGUUGAUACUGUCUUUAGUAUUUGGGUCUUUUGGGUGUUAGAACAAGUGGUGGAGUUGGCAGCAGGGGUUCUGCAGUUGGAGGUUAGAUAUGAAUUGAGAGAUGCCUUGUUUCCUUUGGUGCUAAUAAGUGCUUAUUUCUUGUUUGUCUCAUAAYUUUGAAACAAUACUGCUGACCAGUGCUCUCAAGGCUGUCUGCAACAAGACUGGCAUUUUAUGUGUGCCUCAGUGCCAAGUCUAUCCAAUAGAUCUAACGAGCAACUGUGAGUUUUUUAGAAAUUAAUUCUCAUUCAAUCUUUUUUCUUGUAGUCUGAAACUACUUUUUAAAAAUUAACUCUACCUUACCUGCUUCAGUGGAGCAAUUUCACUUUGGUAAAUUGCAUCACAUUGUGUUAGGCUACUGCUGAGGCUCUACCUGAAAUAAGACCUCAGUCCAGCCAAAGGAUCUCAGGACUAAUUUUAUUACGGAACUGUGAAGCGUGCUUCUACUCUGGCAUCUGGUUCUGUGAAGAAUACAGCUCAGUUCUCAAUAUAUGCCUAUUUUUGCACUUUGAGAAUAUAAUCAGUAUAGUGAGCUUGCUUGAGUGAUUAAUAGGUUUGAUUGCCUUUUUGUCAUGUUGAUCCUGUGAAGUCACCCCAACUUGGAUAUUAUGUAGAUUGUGAUUUCUUCUUAUGCAUCAUCAUCAUAAGUCAAAAUUGGUCACCAGAGAAUCACAAGGCCUAAUCAGUGCAGCAAAAUUGUUCUUGUUGGGGUUUAUGCAUGAGAAGGAGAGAAUUCAGCCAAUGAGCUGAAGACAUUUCAUUUGUGUAAAGCUGUGUGUAUGUUCUAUGUGGCAUGCUUGAGCAGCAACAAAUGUUGGAACCUCACACCACUGCCUUUGGAAUCACUAAGGCUGUAAAGUGUCAGUGAUUAUGGGAAAAAGCACAUGAUUGUUUUGUGCAAUAAUCUCAUUACUGAAGAGAAAAAUGUGAUUGUUUUCUUCAAAUGUGAAUUUAUUUUCWUUGCAGGAUGAUAAUAUGUGGGUUAAAAUUAAUUUUGUACUGGAAUUUUUUGCACUGUGGGCUGCACUUGUGUGUGCAAGGUAAUACUAAAAAUGUAGUUUUGCAAAAAAUGGAAUUGAAAAGCUUUUUAUUCUUUCCACUGUAGCUGCUUCAUCUUUGUAGUAUUUUUUAAAUAUCAGAUUGUGUUGGUUUAGCUUAUUUCACUUGGAUACAAUAAUUUUUUGUGCAUUCUCUUAAUUUGUAUAUGAAAAUUAAUUAAAUACACUUCUGCCACAAAAAAAAA